GUAAUAGACGCCGAUUUGUCGUACCAUGGCGAUGCACAAGUCAAGCUAUCCGUCAAAAAUGUAAAACUGGGCAUUUCUAACUUCCAACUUUACGGGCCACUUAGAAUUAUUCUUAAACCACUUUCGUCAGAUGGAAUCGUGGUCGGCGGAAUAACUGUCUUUUUUCUCAAGAGACCAAAGAUUUCUCUCAAUUUGACAAAUUUGCUAAAUGUUUUAGAUAUUCCAGGAUUGAAGAAAACUCUACGCGGUAUCGUUGAUGACGUCAUCGCCAACUUUGUUGUCUUGCCCAAUAGAAUUGCGAUUCCUCUGGCGGAAAGUGUGGACGCCGGAGACCUGAAGUACCCAAUCCCCGAAGGCCUUCUGCGCGUCCAGAUUCCGGAAGCGCGGGAACUGGCAAAGUCCGAUUUUUCGCUGAUUCGAAAGGGAUCUCCAGAUCCUUACGCCGUUUUGGAAGUAGGAGCUCAAAAGUUUCGCACAGAAACCAAGAAAAACCAGUCAAAUCCUAAAUGGGAUGAGAUAUUUGAGGCAUUUGUAGACAAUUCUAAAGGGCAGGAAUUGGAAAUUUUUCUUUAUGACCAUGAUCUAGCCUCAAAGGAUUCCAAGAUCGGCAACGUUGACAUAAAAAUCCGUUCUGUUGUGGAAGAGGGUAUGCAGGACAUCUGGCUGCCUUUGGAAAAAGCGAAACGGGGAAAAGUUCAUUUAAAGCUGGAGUGGUUUUCUCUUAGCAACGAUCCACUUCAUUUUAGAUAUACCAAAGAAAAUGAAAGCGUGGCCGUGCUGAUUGUGAAGCUGAUCAAGGCACAGAAUCUCCCAAGCCGCAAGAGUUCUGUGUUGGCCAGAAACGUUUAUUGUCGAGUGGCAGUGAGUAAUAGAACGCUUACUAGCCUUUGUGCGCAGGCGCAAGGCGACGAGUUUGAAUGGCAGCAAUCACUCUUAUUCUUACUAACCGAUCCACACGAAGAAGUCCUUAUUGAGGUAAUGGAAGGUAGUCACUGCUUGGGUUUUAUGGUAUUCACUGUUCGAAAGCUCAUCGAACAGCCCGACAUGUCACUUGAGAAUUCCUUCCAGCUGCUUAGUACUUCCGAUGAAACCGGAACCGGAACUAUCGAGUGCAAGCUAUCCCUGCGUGCUUUGAAGGCAGCAGACACAAUCGCUGAGCCGAAUUUCUUGCAGAUUGGUCAAAAAUUCAAUGCUUGUUACGACGAAGAAGGUAUUCUACAGCGCCAGGACACUCCGACUCUGAUUUCGGAAGUAAAUGGUCAAGACUAUCCUACGACUACCAGUAACAGCAACGAAUCAACUGAGAAGACGUCUACUUCCGGUUCCACUUCCAGUUCCGGUUCCGGUUGCGAGUCCUCCCCAAGCGGAAGCAUAGCAGAUGACAGAUCAAACGAGCAAAGUACUGAAGGCUCAAGUCACGAUUAUUUAUCUCGAGGGGAGUUGUCUUUGAAAUUAAUUUACGAUCAUCGACGAAACCGACUCAUGGUUACAAUUUUGAACGCCAAAAACCUUUCAUCAACAGAGCCGGUUUCUAAAACGAACACCUACGUUCAAAUUAAUCUGAUACCUUCUCGCUCUAAGAAAUCGAUACGCAAGACUUUCUCCUAUCCCGGCAGCCUUCAUCCCGUUUUCAAUGAGACCUUUGAUUACGUUAUCGGCCUUGAUCAACUGGCUGACAAAAAACUGUACGUGGUUGUCAAGAACGAGAGGAUCGUGCAGUUGCCAGGGAAACGACGUGACGUUAUUGGGGCUACCUCUAUAAACCUUUGUGAAUUGGAUUUGUCUGCUGGUGUAACUAUGAACUGCGAGAUAACUAAUUGAAAACUUUUGCUAGAGAGCAACAUCUCUAGGGCUUUUUGGCCAGAAAGGAGAGUUUAGUUAAAGAAUACCAAAUGUGGCAGACUGACAAAGAAGGCUCGCUUACAGUGCGGACUGUUAAGAAACCGGAAACAUUGGAAAAAAGAUUGUUCAAUGACAGCAAUUUCUAAAAACAAAAGAUUCUCGAGAUCUUUUGCAAACGCAGGAACAACAAAAUUCAAGUAGAAUUAUGCAACCGUGGAAAACUUUAAACCGUUUACUUACCUAACCUCUCAGGAAACAGCCCUCAUAUUUAUGAAUGUUAUCGGUCCUUUUGCAAAAAAAAAAUUGAGAAUCUUUUCUUUUCAGAAAACGUUAUGACUGGACAAUCUUCUUCCAAGCAUCCCGGUUUGAGUAUCCGCACUGUUAUAAGAGCUUCAACAAAGUCUCGAGAUGAGACUGGAAAGAAGUUAUUAAAAACUCCUCAGCGGAGCAAACCUCAAAAUCAUGAUUACUACGUACAAAACAUACGAAAAAACAUGAAACAUGGUUCCUCCAAAAGAGACAUACGAAUUGAAAUUAAAGUGCCUACUUGUGUAUUAGUGAUAAUAGCAAUAAAAUAUUGAAAUUGGGUAGAGAGGUCUCCUCUAUCAGAAACACUUGUGAAGCAAAACCACAACGACAAACCAGUGAGAGUCAUCCGGAUCUCUAGAGUAGACAUUGUUCAGUAAAAUCUUGAGACCAAGUUUUAAAAUUAAAACAGUAAACUGAUCCUUACGACAGGAAGAGUGAUGGAAAAAACUAGAAAGAAAAGAAAAAUAAUUUGGUGAACUGUAUUUGUCUCCUCUAUGCCUACUGUACCAAAAGUUGGUGGGUGCAUAUAUGUCAGACAUGACAUUAUGCUUAGAAACUAUCAGUGAGUAAUAAACGAUAAUACAGGUUAUUUUUACUGCAAAAGUUGCAUUUUUUGUACCUUUUUGUUGCUAACAGUUUUAUGUUCUCCUUGGCCUUGGCUUACUAAGCUGUAAAGUCUCAGCCAAAACUCUCGAAAGUUUAUUCUUCUGUUCCUACGAUGAAAUUAGGUUUUAUUAUUUAGUUAAUUUUUUAAAUUGAGUUUACGUUCAGUAAUAUCCUACUAUGUAAUCAUGUAUCCUCUUUUUUCUCUUUUUUCUUCUUAUGUAUUUUGGUUACCAAUUGAAUGUAAAUGUGUUAUAAUAAAGCACUGAUGAAUAAUAAUAAUAAUAAUAAUAAUAAUAAUAAUAAUUUUUUGAUGUUUUAAUUUUCAUACCUGCUUCUGCUCUCGAUGAUGGAACCACUAAGCCAUGAAAAUAACUUUAAUUUAGUCGUUGAGCGUUUUAAUGGAGUGUCCAGGUUAUCGAGUACAAGUUAUAGCGGAGCUCUCGCGCGCGAAGCGCGCGCAGCAGAGCAUCAUGGGUAACAAAAUUUGAUAAACUAUCCAUCCAAGCCGGACAAUUUUGGUUCUGAGUAAAUCGUCCCGUACGGUGUACGUCCGUACGUACGUCCACUCCUUCAUGGCAGCCGGGGUAAAAUUUUGCAUUUCAAGUACGCGCGCGUUUCGGCAGUAAAUCGCAUAGCCACCCGGACUUUUAGAGAUAAAAAGCAACAACAACGAAACCGAUUCUUUCUUUCGACUUAAUUUUUACAUUGGCGUGGAUAAUAGAGAAAAAGCUAGAGCCAGAGAUAAACAAAGGAGACCAAUUUUGUUUGAAGAAUAACAUAAAAAUUUUAUAGCGGCUGUGAGAAAAUGAGAAAUGCUAGCGGUCACCCAGGUAAAAAAGAACGGCGGCAAAAAAAAGUGAACAGGACCGCGUAACUGGGAAGUUUCUGGAAGUUUCACGUUGUCGUCUUGCAAAACAACGGCAAAGAAAUGUACAAAAAAAGUGUGCUGCACGUGCAAAGUUGUUUUUUUUUUUUUUGCUAAUUAGACCUAUUGUUUUUUGUUUUUGUUUUUUUUGUUUGUUUUCAGUCUCACUGUUUUCUUUGCCGUCACCGCUUGGUUAGCACGAUUUUAUAUUUGUUUCAGUAAACUAUAGAUAUUAACGAGAGCAUCGCUUUUAGCCUUGGCUAAAUCAAUAUAUUAGAAUCUAGAAAAUGACCAAACUAUUUUUCGGCAAAAAGGUAGUCGCAUUCAUUUAAAUUACCGUAGAAUCCCGGUUAUAAGGCCCCCCGGUUAUAAGCCCCGCCGAUUAUAAGCCCACCUCUCUGCUAAUAGAAUUUUCCUCCCGGUUAUAAGCCCCCCCGAUUAUAAGCCCACCUCUCUGCUAAUAGAAAUUUCCUCCCGGUUAUACCUCUGUUAUACCGGGUACCGUAUACAUGAUUAAAAUUUUCAUUUUAAUAGAACGGAUUUUAGACGUUUUUUUCCUCCCUAUUAUAAGCCCCCCGGGUUAUAAGCCCCCCCCGAUUAUAGGCCCACCCAAAAACCCUUACGAAAUUGUAUAAGCCCAGGGCUCAUAACCGGGAUUCUACGGUAUUUUAAUGGGAGGCUCCCGCCUAAAUGGAAACCUUUUUUAGGCUUCUGGUGUGAAAAGGUAGAGCUAGAUUUCACGAGCUGAAGUAUAUGAAUUAUUAUCGUUCAUUAGCUUCAUUCUUCCAAGGGUUGAGGAGUGUUUCAAUCAAAAUCAGAGAGGGUAAUCAGAUUGAUCCCUUUUAAGAAGAUUCCUAUCAAACAUGGAUUAAACACACUGAAUUCUGCAAAGCUGAUCGUACCACGUGAAAAUUAAAUUUGCAAGACAUCCAAACGACACCGAAAGCGGGGUAGUAGCCGUGGACAGCUGUUUCGCCCUUUUUUAGUGCUCGUCAGUACGGUGCAAGGAACAGAUAGGCUCUGCUGGUCCUACUGUAAAAUUCCCGCAAACUCUGUUUUAGAGCCGUGACAUUGAACCUGAACACUCACAGAAUCACGCCAUAUCACGUGUGCCUGAGAGGGCAAGAGCACGAUGAGCCGCAAGCAGUAAAAUUUCUGUCCCGUAAUUUAAUCAGUUAAAUCAUCAAAGUUGACAGGUCUUUCUGAUGAUCAAAGCGACCGUUCGGUUUACCAUUUACACCUUCAGUGCGAAGACUGUCACGGGAACAUUAACACCUUCAGGAUAAUUGCUUACCAUAACAGUGGUAGGUUGCGCGCGUCUGGCCGAUUUCGAAGAACGUGAUCGUGACUGUUGUUUUUAUUCAGUGACUGUGCGCGUUGAUAUGCCAACUUUUAAAACAGACUGCAACAUUAAAUUUUUGUUAUAAAAGCAAAGAAGCUGCUGAGUAGAAACUAAACCGUCCCAGACUUAUUCCGUUUCAUUCGUGUACUUUCAUUUUGAUGGGGUCUGUAUGAUGAAUUUACUUCUGCCUUCUAAUCAGGCACGUAAACAACAUAGAGAUAAAACAUUUCAUUUUGCUUUUGUGGAGUAGAAAUUAAUCUUAAAAAAGUUAAAUUAGUGGACCACUUUCUCCGCGUACUUGUAAAAAUAGGUAUUUAAUAUGUCGCGCUACAGUGCGAAAAUCUUCUUGUCGUGGAUUAGAUUUCAGUAUACAUAUUCUUCAUUUCGCGCCAGAAUAAAUUAGUUUGCGCGCAAAGGGCUUCUAAAAAAAGAUCACAGGGUUUGUCCCACGUCGAGUCCUCCUUCUGGAGAACUUGGAGAUACGCCAGCAUGGUAUCUGGAAUACAUUGCCGAGGCGAAGAUCUGGCAUUUUUUCCUCCUCGUCUUUUUUUCUCCGCGACGUUUGUUUAUAUUUGUAGUGAGAAUGCCGCGCAUAUCGGUGGAUUUUACUUCAGUCAAGCGGCUUCAGUUUCUGCGGCUUGCUACUCAUCAUAAAGAAGAGUGCCGGAAUCGCUUUGUUCGCCUUUAACGGAUUUGUUGUCGAAUGCAAGGUAAAAGAACGGACCACUGUAAGGUAAGAAUUAAAGUUUAAAUUUGUUUCUCGGCGAAAAAUAGUGCAUACAACUCGUGAAACCCGUGAGUAUUACCUCUGUUUAAUAUACCGGAUGUCAUGCGAUGACCCCUCGCUUUUACGAUGGAUAGGAUGGAUACAAACAAUAAUUUCUUUCGCAACGUUUAGUAUCAUUUAUUUAAUAUGGAGAUCAUCUGAGGACGAUUUUUCGUUAUAUAUGCUUCAUUUCUUGACUUAUUCCGGCUACGUACGAAGAAUUAGAUGACAAUGUUUGUGCGCUAUAAUUAUACCGAUAAUUUCUUGCACCUUGAAACUCAUGAAAGCCAAACUUGUUUAACCCUAGCAAAAAAACUCUUUUAAUGGAGAAACUCAACCUGAUAGUUGCACUAAAAUCUAAUAAUUGUUACUGCAUUUGCAUGCUCUCUGUAACCUCGUGGGUAGAACAUACCUGAUGGUUACAUUAAUAAUAAUCACUGCAUUUGCUCUCUGUAACCUCGUGGGUAGAACAUACCUGAAGGUUACGUUAAUAAUAAUCAUUGCAUUUUCUCUUUGUAACCUCGUGGGUAGAACAUACCUGAUGGUUACAUUUAAAAUAAUAAUCACUGCUUUUGCUCUCUGUAACCUCGUGGGUAGAACAUACCUGAAGGUUACGUUAAUAAUAAUCAUUGCACUUUCUCUUUGUAACCUCGUGGGUAGAACAUACCUGAUGGUUACAUUAAUAAUAUCACUGCAUUUGCUCUCCGUAACCUCGUGGGUAGAAUAUACCUGACGGUUACAUUUAAUAAUAAUCACUGCAUUUGCUCUCUGUAACCUCGUGGGUAGAACAUACCUGAAGGUUACGUUAAUAAUCAUAAUCAUUGCAUUUUCUCUUUGUAACCUCGUGGGUAGAAUAUACCUGACGGUUACAUUAAUAAUAAUCACUGCAUUUGCUCUCUGUAACCUCGUGGGUAGAACAUACCUGAAGGUUACGUUAAUAAUAAUCAUUGCAUUUUCUCUUUGUAACCUCGUGGGAAAAAAAAUUAAUGCCUCUCUCCUGGAAAUUUUGCCCUGUCCUUUGAGCAUAGUGAUCUUUGGGUAGCGAAUUCACGAAAACAGGUAAAACGCUUUUUUUAAAAACAGCAUUUAUAUUAUUUGGCUUUUUGAGGGAGGUUAAACAUUAAUGGAAUAGAAUAUAAAAAAAGCUGAUAAAGCGGAAAAAGUUAUCUUUACAAAAUGCGCUUUGACAAUGUCAAGGAGUGAAAUAAGCUGAAGUUUUGUAGUUAGCCCGAAGAAAACCGGUUCCUGCAUGAAAAGCAGUUCUGAUUCCCUUCUCUUAACUAGAAGAGAUGCAUAUCCCUGUGAACCAGUUUUUUAACUAGGAGCGAUUCCCACUCACUUAAGAUACUUUAUUGACACGAGUUCCUAUUUCAAUGUAUGUCUAAUUCAAGCUUAGCCGCGUGAUAGCUCUUCGUUAGCGAAAAGGUCCAAGUGAUAUUUUGAUUGACGUGUUCUUUUGGAUCCUGAGGUUUUUUAACACCUUUUCUCUAGCUUAACUGGCGAAGAUAUUCUAGGAAUUUGCCCUUCAAUUCCAAAUUCUUUGAUGUGCCGCCAGAUGCCGUGCAAAAAUAUCACCUCUUGCGGCUCCUCGUGCAAGUGUCACGUUGAUGUCUCACACCGCUCACCGCUCACAAAGAAAAUAUAGGAUGGACAAAACCAACAUGGACUUAUCUUGACUGUGUGUGUGUUUUAUUAUUUUUUCUCAAUAUUUUUUUUGUUUUGUUUUGUUUUGGUUUUUUGCUUCUGGAGCAAUUUGAAAAAACGUUUUAGUAAGUUCUGAUCUGAGAUCAUACGUGUACCCUGGUAACCAUGCCCUGCCGCUCAUAGAGUUUGGGUUGCCUGUGUUCCUCCCCGUGGAACGCCUGGUCGUUUUCAUGUUUUUCUUUCAACUUGCAGAGUCAUGAUGUUGCGAUCAAGCUUGCUUUUGUGCUCUGCUGCUGUUUUUGCUCUUUUCUUUACGUCGUGCACAUCAAAAGACGUUUAUACUGCUGCAGUCUACGAGCAUGUUACAUUCUUUGUCUUUGAAAACAGAUCGUUUACUCGCCAAGAGGCCUUGGACAUAAUGAAGAAAAACUUAGUCGUUUUCGACGCGAAGGCGAAGGAAGCAAAAUCUCAAGGGGCUGACAUAAUCGUUUUUCCCGAAGAUGGUCUCUAUGGUUUUGACUUCACCCGCGAACACAUCCUUCCUUUUCUGGAGAUUAUUCCGAUCCCUUCCCAGCUACAGAAAAGCUGGAAUCCAUGCCAAGACCCCAAUCGCUUUGCAAACACCGAGGUCCUGAGGGAGUUGAGCUGCAUCGCCCGUAACUCGUCUAUUGUAGUGGUCGCUAACAUGGGGGAUGUUCAGUAUUGUAAGAAAUCGGAUCCACAAUGUCCCAAGGAUGGCAGAUACCAGUUUAACACUGAUGUAGUAUUCGAGUCAGACGGGACAUUGCUCGCCAAGUACCACAAACAGCAUCUGUUUCAUGAAAACCAGUUCAACACCCCAUUGGAAGUAGAAAUCGUUACUUUUGAGACUUCCUUCGGGGUUAAAUUUGGGGUGUUCACUUGUUUUGAUAUGCUGUUUCAUGAUCCAGCGAUCACGCUUGUUGAGAAAUAUGGCAUUCGCAAUAUUGUGUUUCCAACAGCCUGGAUGGAUGGCUUCCCUAUCUUGGCUUCAGUAGAAUAUCAACAGGCUUGGUCAAGAUCGACAUGUGUCAAUCUGCUGGCAGCCAAUCAGCAUCAGCCCCUUGCAGAUAUGGUAGGAAGUGGAAUUUAUUCUUGCGGAGAACCUUUGUCUUAUGUUUAUGACAUGAAGACGUAUCAGGGCCAUCUUUUGGUUGCCAAACUGCCAAAUCUGGAUCUGUCACAUCCAGAGCAGUGUAUUGAACCAACAUGCCAGUCAGCUAAAACCUCAUUGAAAUCUGUUGAAAGUAGCUUCAAACAGCUAGCAUUACCAUUGCAAACCAACAAUAAACCAUUUCAUUCUAAGUUACUAAAUGACAUUUACACUUUUGUGAAACUUGAGUCUUCUGAGGGCAAUGUAUCAGUUUGUUCGAACAAUUUCUGCUGUCAUGCAAGUUACUCUGUGGACAGUCAACAGCCUUUCAAAGAUGAAUUGUUUGCAUUGGGGGCUUUCAGUGGCCAUCAUAAUCCAGAAAACUAUUUUAUCCAAGUUUGUGUCUUGGUAAAAUGUUCCAGCAUGCAGGAAAAUUCUUGUGGCUCACCUGUUUUUACUGCUACAACAAUGUUCAACUCAUUUACAGUGAUGGGGGAUUUUUCAUCUCAGGCUCAUGUGUUCCCUGCAGUUCUAUCAAGCGAUGUUGAGCUAAUCUCACCUAAAGUCUUUUCAUGGUCUGGGCCUGAAAUGUAUGUGCCAUCUUUCAAAAAACCUCUGGUGUCAGCUGUUUUGUUUGGGCGAAUUUAUGAACUAGACAUUACUGAACAGUGA